AUGCAGGCUUGUUUGCAGAAAAACAAAUUCAACAGUUUGUGCAAAACUUCUUGGGACAAAUACUAUGGCAUAGGCCUUGAGAAUGGACCCUAUACUGUAAGAUUGUUCUUCGCAGAGACAGGUUUUCCAGAGCGCGCCUCAGAGUCUUGGAGGAGUCUAGGGAGGCGUGUUUUCGAUGUUUAUCAGGGAACCCGGCGAUUAAGGGAUUUUGAUAUAUCACAGGAGGCUGGUGGUGUCAAUAGAGCAAUAAUUGAGUCUAGGCCAAGGAUUGUUCAUAGGGAUGUCAAGGCAAGCAAUAUUUUGCUUGAUGAAAAGUUCUGCCCAAAUAUAUCUGAUUUUGGAUUGGAAAAGCUUUAUGAUGACAAGAAAACACACGUCACCACUCGUGCUACCGGAACCAUUGGCUACCUGGCACCGGAGUACGCAAUGCGUGGGCAUCUUCCCGAGAAAGUCGACGUUUUCGGCUUUGGUGUUGUUAUUUUGGAGAUCAUGAGCGGUAGACCAAACUCAUACAAUACCUUAGAAAAUGACAGAAUUUAUCUUCUUGAAUGGGCAUGGACGCUGCAUGAAAAUAACCAACCACUGAGCCUGCUUGACCCAACAUUAGCGGAGUUCGACGAAAACGAAGCUCUCCGAAUGAUAGGGGUGGCACUUCUCUGCACUCAGGCAUCACCAUCAAUGCGGCCGCCUAUGUCCCGUGUUGUCGGCAUGCUUGCAGGAGAUAUUGAAGUGAGUAAUGUUACAACAAAACCAAGUUACAUAACUGACUGGAAUUUCCAAGAUAUAACAGACACCUUCAUGGAUGAAGAAACACGAACAUCCAUUCCAUCAGAUCAUAGCAACAGCGACGUUAAUAGUAAGAACAAGACGACUUCGGGGGAAGAUAAUCAACCAAUACCCUCUCCAGUAAAUAUGACUGAAUUUAAGGAGAGCAUUGGAGAAGGAAGGUGA